AUGGCUUCUCUUCCUUCCCUCGCCGUCAGCUCCUCCUUUCGCUUCCACCGCCGGCGCUAUAGCCCACCGCCUCCCAUCAAACACAGCCGGAAGCUAAUCAAAGCCACCUCCCGGCCAGACCACGACCACGACCGCAACCCGACUACCCGACGGGACGUCCUGGUCGCCGGAGGACUGUACUACGGUGCGGCCGUUCUCACGCCGGCACCAGCCUUCUCCCAGCCAAUCGCGGCGCCCGACACAACCCAAUGUGGGGCCGCGGACCUGCCAGCUGGAGCCGAGCCGACGAACUGCUGCCCGCCUCCUGCCCGGCGCUUCAAGGACUUCGAUCCCACUUCAGUAUCAUCGCGGACACGUGUCAGGCCGGCGGCUCACCUCGUCGACGAGGCGUACGUUGCCAAGUACAAGCGGGCGGUGGAGCUGAUGAAGGCUCUCCCCGCCGACGACCCGAGGAACUUCACGCAGCAGGCGAACGUGCACUGCGCGUACUGCGACGGCGCGUACGACCAAGUCGGGUUCCCGGACCUGGAAGUCCAAGUUCACAAUUCCUGGCUCUUCUUUCCUUGGCACAGGUAUUAUCUCUACUUCCACGAGAAGAUCUUGGGGAAGCUGAUCGGCGACCCAACCUUCGGUCUACCGUUUUGGAACUGGGACAACCCAGCCGGCGGGAUGCAACUCCCGGCCAUCUACGCCGACCCGACUUCCCCGCUCUACAACCCGCUCCGAGACCCGAACCACCAGCCUCCGACCCUGACCGACCUCGACUACAGCGGCCAGGACGCCACCAUCAUACCCCAAGACCAAGUCUCCGACAACCUCACCAACAUGUACAGACAAGUCGUGGCCAGCGGCAAGACCGCCACGUUGUUCCUCGGGAGCCCCUACCGAGCCGGAGACGAACCGAAUCCAGGACCCGGUUCGUUCGAAUCGACCCCACACGGUCCGGUUCACUUAUGGACCGGAGAUCCGGCCCAACCGAAUGGCGAGGACAUGGGUAAUUUCUACUCCGCGGCCAGGGACCCGAUCUUCUUCGCCCACCACGCGAACAUUGACCGCGUGUGGAACGUGUGGAAGGCGUUGGGUGGGAAGAGGGUUGAUUUUGCCACCCCGGAUUGGCUGGACGCGACUUUUUUGUUCUACGACGAGAACGCUGACCCGAUUAGGGUUAGGGUUCGGGACUGCUUGGAGAGUAGGAAGACGGGGUACGUCUACCAGGACGUGGCCGAUGCCUGGACAGGUUCUCGGCCACGUCCACCAACAAAGACGGUUAGUAAGCCCGUCGAGGUGGGCUCUUUUACUGGAGCAGCAGGAAAGACCGCAUACGGUGCUGCUGAAGGUCAGACGACGUCGUUUUUCCCAGUCGUGCUGGACAAGAGGGUAAAGGUGGAGGUGAAGAGGUCGAGGAAGUCGAGGAGCAAGAAAGAGAAGGAGGACGAGGAGGAGGUUCUGGUGGUCGAAGGGAUCGAGUACGACAGCAAGAAGUUUGUGAAGUUCGACGUGUGCGUGGGCAUCGACGACGACGAGGUGGUGACAGCGGCCAGCGCGAAGCUGGCCGGAUGCUUCGUGAACGUGCCGCAUGGGCACAAGGGUGACGAGGCGACGAAGAGGUUCAAGACAAAGUUGAGGCUGGGGAUCAGUGAUUUGUUGGAGGAUCUGGAGGCUGAAGGCGACGAUUCUAUUAUGGUCACUUUGGUGCCUAGGUCUGGCGUUGCUAGUGUUGGUGGUGUUAAGAUUGAAUUCCUUCGUGACUGA